AUGACUGACUUGUUAGCCCAUGUAGUGCAACACCAGGGCCAACAUCCUGUCCAGCAACCUGAGAACCCUGACAAUCCAGUAGAGGGUGAAGAUCGGGCCCUCGAGAGAUUUCAAAAGUUCUCUCCACCAAAAUUUCUGGGAGGGCCAGAUCCAGACGUGGCCGAAAGGUGGUUGGAGAAAAUGAUAGACAUUUUUGCCGCCCUACUCUAUUCAGAGGAAAGACAGGUUACUUUCGUUGUCUUCCAGUUGGAAGGGGCCGCCCGUUCUUGGUGGAAUGUGAUACGGAUGAAGUGGGACUGGGAGCAAACACCAAGAACAUGGGUAAAUUUCAUGAGGGACUUCAACACGAAAUACUUUUCACCUCAUGUCCAGGAAAAGAAGGAGGACGAGUUCAUUAGGCUCCGUCAAGGGACUCAAACGGUGGCUGAGUACGAGAGCCAGUUUACUCGAUUAUCCAAGUUCGCCCUUGAACUCAUUCUGACAGAGCAAAGGAGAGUUCGACGUUUUAUUCAGGGGCUAAAUGUGGAAAUUUAA